AUGCCACGAUUAGGCUUUGCGAGUGUGCAACCCUUUGGGCCAGGCGAGGAACGGGAUCGGCGCGAGGUUCCGCGCCGCGUUCGAUCAUUUGCGCCCCAUGGUGGACAAUCUGGUAACGCGUCGGGGACUGCUACGCCCAUCACCUCUGGGUUAGGGUAUCACCGUAGUGGGCCGCGUACCGCUGCUCGCGAGGUCGGUGGUGUCGUCACGUGGGGCGGGGGAGGUGCGCCGCUCUUCGUCAAGGCUGGCGAGCUGUUCCGCGAUGGCGAGGUCGAUGUCGUCAAGCGCGAUGGAGACGUCUUUGUUGUCGAGCAUUACCCGUUGUCCGACCCCAGUGCACCGCAGAUGCACGAUCUCCACGACGACGUCGAGGUCGAUAUUGCCGACCUGGCCACCCGUGACCAGGUCCUUGGCGUUGUUGCAGCCCAUCGCCACGAGACGACCGAGCACGAUGACGAUGUAGCGGACGACGAGGAGAUCGAGCGCGUGCUAUCCGACCACAUCCAGAUGCUUGUGGUAGACGACUUACACGCAGUCGUGGCCGAAACCGCCAUCAUCGUCGAGGAUGAGGAGGUUGUCGCCUACUCGCCAUCGGCGCCGGUUGGUGUCUUGGGUCCUGUAUCCAAUCCUCUUCCCGUGUCUAGCAGUGAGGACGACGACGUCCAGGCAAUGACCGACGACGAUCUCUUCGCCGUCGACACGGCAGGUACCAGUGGCCUGAGUGAGAUGGCCGAUGACGACCUGUUCGCCGUUGACACCGCUGGCGCUGCCUCUACCGUUUCCAUUCUUUACGACGCCCCAACCCAGCCCCCUCCCGCGCCCAAGGCUCCACCAAAACCCACAAUAGACGAGGAGACGAUCAUCUUCCAGCCCCGCAUCAUCGAAGACCCCAUCGCGUCCUCGAGCCAAGCACCUCUUCCUACGACCAAUUUCGAGCUGACACGCGUCAACAUCGACUCACGCGUCUUGAACCGCAAGGAGCGCAAGAAAGCCAAGAGAGAAAAGCGCUCCCGUAACAAGCGCGCUCGCCGCCAGAACGGCGGCGGGAACGGCGACUUCCAUCUCGCCUCAGACGGGUCCGACCUCGACUGGGGCAGCGACGGACCACCAAAGAUCCUAUCGGUGGAUGCUGGCGAUCCCGUCGGUGACGAGGAGCUCGAUCCCGACCUCGACGACGCGACGCUCGCCCGCUACCUGGCCGGCACGGAGCGUAUUCGCGAGGACAAUGCGGCGAUGGCGUACAUGGAGAGCGACAGCGACGAGUGGGAGGACGAGGACAUGGAGGAGACGCUUCGGGAGAUAGCGGGACGCCGUGAUACCGACUCGGAAGAUGAUGAUGAUGAUGACAACGAGUCGAGCGAGAACGACUUCAACGCCCUCGCCGACGCUUACUCCGAGGACGAGUAUGCGUCUGACGGCGAGGCCAAGAUGUUCUCGGGAGUCACCAAGUGGAACGAUUCCGACGAUGAGGCUCCAGAGGUCGGGGAUGACAACGCGUGGUUCAUCGACAAAAUGGAAGCGGCGCUUGACGGCGGCGCCAUGGCCCAGUCUCGCAAGGAGCGCAACGCCGUCUUCCGUGCCGUUGCGAACGGCUCUUUCGACGGUGACUUCCCAUUAGCCCCAGCCAAGCGGAACAAGAAAGCGCCCACCCAUCUCCCGCAAGAGCUGCAGGACCAGUGGGCGCGGGAUAGAGCCAAGAAGGCAGAGAAGAAGAGAGACCGCGAGCUGCAGCGCGCAAUAGCCCUCCUGGACCCAAGCAUUGGGUUCGGUCGCAAAGCAAACAAGAAAGGCAAGGGCAAGGCAGCAGCCCGAAUCGCCCACCUCAUUCCCGGUUCGGCGGCCGAGGUCGCCGAGUUAUUCGACAUCUCUGACGACGAGGGUCUAGGCCCCGACGGCGGCUGGGGCAUCAAGUACCACCGCAGCAACCCCCUCCUUCCCCCAACACUUGGCGACAUCGACAUGAUGGUUCAGGACUUUAUGUCCGACUCUGGACGCACGACCCUCCAACUUCCGCCAAUGGACAAGGACACUCGUAAGAAGGUCCACAUGCUCGCCGAAUGCUACGACCUCAAGUCCAAAUCCAAGGGCAAGGGUGUCGGCCGGUUCCCCAUCCUAAUCAAACUCGCCCGUUCUGGUAUCGAUGUGGACGUCAAGAAACGCGACCGCCUCGUCGCGGCUGGCCAGUUCAACGGCGGCAGCUUUUACAAGGCCCUCUAUGCUCGCAAGAAGGGCGAUAAGGACAAAGGCGACGGCAAGAAGUUUGCUCGUGGGCCGGGCGCGAGUGUCCGCGCACGAGAGGGCGACCUCGUCGGCGAGGGUGCCGAGAAGAUUGGACAGGAUAAUGUCGGCCACCAGCUGCUGAGUAAGAUGGGCUGGAGCGAGGGCAUCACCAUCGGCCUAGGCGGCGUGCAUGGGCUGGAGGCACCCAUCGUGGCCGUAGUCAAGAACACGAAACGCGGUCUCGGGUCGUACGGCAUGGGCUACGGCGCCGUUCAAACGACCGGGAAAAACAAGAUGGCCGAAGGAUCUACAUCUCUCACUGGCCGUGUCGGCAGCGCCACGCUUGCCGUUGCGACAUCUGCUGUUAUCGAGACGGCCAAGGCGGCGCGGACCUCUGCUCCUGCCACCAACCAGUGGGCACCAUACAAGAACAAGGCCGAGUACAAGGCCGCCCAGAAAAAGGUCACUCAGGACGCCAUCUUCACUACGUACUACGUGAUCGCCGGGGUCGCAUUCGGCUGUCUCUGUCUGUGGGCGUGGCGCUCCGCUACAACAUACUACUACCGGCGCAAGUAUGGCAAGCGUACAUCGCAGGUCUCGCGUGAACGGGGCUUGGUCUCGCGCGCAUCGUCAGCCGCCAGCGCGACAAUCAACAACUGGGCAUACGUCAAAGUCGUCCCUCUGUGGAUGUUUUCCAACGUCACCGUAGCCGAGUGGUUCUGGAGUGCGGCUUAUCUCGGCAUCACCCUCGGCAUAGGGUUCUGGGGCUGUUACUGGCAAGGCAAGCUGGACUACGCCAACCCCAUGGGAUUCGUUGCGUUUGGCCAAAUCCCAAUCCUCAUCGCCCUGGCUGGACGGAAUAACACCGUUUCCUGGAUUACAGGGAUCAGCUACGAGAAACUAAACUACCUCCAUCGUACGGCUGGUCGCGUCGCUGUCCUCACGACUUGGAUCCACUGUUUCGGAUAUGUACACAAGGGCCUGGGCAAGCAUGGGCCUGGAAGCGACGUCUUCAUGACCGGCAUGUUGUCGGGUAUUGCCGGCCUCAUUAUGCUGCUCACGUCCUUUGCUCUCGUCCGGAGGAUCAUGUACGAGUUCUUCCUCGUCGUCCACAUUACCAUGUGCUUCAUCUUCAUCGUCGCGGCGUGGUUCCACUGGCCCAAACUUGGAUGGUGGCCAUGGACCGGCCUCAUCUUGUGGGGCUUUGACCGCGGCGUUGGUUUCGCACGCAUGAUCUUUGUCAACAAGGCCUGGCUCAUCCCCUUCACUUCCAAGCGUGACCAACACUCGGCCUGUACAGUCGAGAUUGUCGACCCCACCGUCCUCCGCAUCACCGUCGCCAACCGUAACCUCACAUGGAGUCCGGGACAGCACGCUCUGCUUACGAUGCCACAAGUCGCUACCCUCCGGUACGAGCAACACCCAUUCACCAUGGCCAGUGCGUCCGGUGACGCCGUUUUCCUCGUCCGCGCCCAGGGUGGGUUCACUGCCCGCCUCCUCGACCGCACGCAGAGCCAAACAGAAACGGGGUUCAACUGCUACAUCGAAGGUCCGUAUGGGAUGAGCCACCACUCCGAGCUGUUGGGUCACGACACACUCCUCCUCGUCUGUGGUGGUACUGGCAUUACCUAUGGCUGUUCCAACUUCCUCGGCGCAAUUGCAGCUGCACAACAGAGCAAGACAUCCCUCUCUUCCCUCCGGCUAGUCUGGAACGUACGUGAGGCAGCCCACAUCGAAUGGAUCGCUCCGCUCCUUAACGCAGCCCUGGAGAAGGGUACCGGAGGCAUGACCGUUUCCAUCGACAUCUACGUCACUCGCAGCGGGAUGGCUGAGGGCCACUCGAUCGAGGAGGGCUCGGGAGAGGAUUCUGGAACUACCACCCCAGAGAUCAACUCGUCCACGGAGGCGGUUGACAAGGUCGCCACCCCCUCAGUUGGUGAGAAGGGAAUGUACGGCCUCACCGAGGCGGCUAUGCGUAUUGUGACAUUCCACAAGGGCCGCAGUCCCGUUGAGACGAUCCUCCGCAAGGAUACGGCGGGUUCAACUACCAACGCAGCUGGCGUCGCGGUUGGCAUGUGUGGUCCCCUCGAGCUGCAGCUUGAUACGCGGAGAGCUAUUUGCCGGGUUAACUCGGCUAGCAAGAUCCUCAAGGGACAGCCCCCCAUCGUGCUGCACGUCGAGAACUUUGGGUGGUAG